AUGACGCCUCUGCUGCCUGCCGUGCGCACCCCCCUUCAAUCCCUCCACAUCGCCCUUCAACUCCCCCACCUCCCCUGUCAACCCCUCCACCUCGCUCUCCAAUUUCUCCACCCUCUCUCUCCCCCGCAUCACCUCUUCCUGCACCUCUCUCACCGCCGCCCGCCUCUCCCCCUGCACCGCACCCCUCGCCCUCCUCAGCUCUACCACCUCCCGCUCUACCCUUCUCAACGCCGCUUCCAGCCCUCUCCUCCGCGCCUGUUCCCCCUUCACCUCCCCCUCCAUCCUCCUCCUCUCUGCCUCCCACUCCCUCCUCUCCGCGUCCCACUCGCUCCUCUCCCUAUCAACCCCCCCCCUCUCCUCCUCAAGCUGCCUGACUCGCGCCCUCAGUUGGGCCACUCGCCUCUCCCCCUCCCCAAUCACCUUCCGCAUGAAUUCCACCUCACCCGCCCCCUCCUUCCGCCCUCUCUCCCACGCCUCCUGCACCCUCUCUCUCUCCCUCUCCCUCCCCUUCUCCACCUCCCUCCUCAACCUCUCCACCUCCUCCUCCAGUUCCUUCACCUCCUUCCUCCUCCUCUCCUCCAUCUCCCUCUUCUCUCUCCCCAUCUCCUCCUCAGCUUUCCCCCUCUCCCUCUCCCUAUCCUCCAUUGA